UCUGGAGGCAGGAUUGCUCUUCUAGGACUGACAGGUCAGCCUCUCCCUCGUUGCUGUCAUGGUGGCAGCUCCACCGCUCUCCAAGGCUGAAUAUCUGAAGCGCUACUUGUCUGGGGCAGAUGCCGGCCAGGAAGGAGGUUUAAAGUCCCGUCGGAAGAGGUACAAAAAAGGACCAAAGCUGGGAGGCACCACUGGCAAGGGAUUGCGGAUCGUUGAUGAUGAUGUGGGCUGGGCAGCUAUCUCUACUGCUAAGCCGGAAAAGGAGGAAAAAGAAGAUGGAGAUUUGCCUGUGGUGGCUGAGUUUGUGGAUGAGCGUCCAGACAAGGUAAAGCAGAUGGAGGCCUUCCGCUCCAGUGCCAAAUGGAAGCUCCUGGAAGACCACAGUGGAGAUGGACAUUUCCAUCAUGAUGAACAAGAUCCAUCUUCUCCUAGGAGGUCCCGUCAUGACACCCCAGAUCCAUCUUCUCCCAGGAGGGCCCGUCAUGACACCCCAGAUCCCUCUCCUCCCAGGAUGGCCCGUCAUGACACCCCAGAUCCCUCUCCUCCCAGGAGGGCCCGUCAUGACACCCCAGAUCCAUCUCCUCCCAGGAGGGCCCGUCAUGACACCCCAGAUCCCUUUCCCCCAAGGAGAUUCCGUCGUGACUCCGACACAUCUCCUCCUAGAAGGGUCUCGGGUGUCUCUCCCCCCAGAGGGGUCCAUAACCACUCCCCUGACACAGCCACACACAGGAGGACUUUUGACCCUUCAGACCCACAGCCUCUCAGGAGGGCCCGUCAUGACUCCCCGGAUUUGGAGCUGCCCAGAACUAAGAGUAGUAAAGCUGCGUCCUCUAGCAAGACUGUACUUCAGAGGGGGCUGGGACCCUUUCACUUGUCACUCUCCAAGGUCAGCAAGUGUGGGCAGGACUCAGAUGACCUUUCUCAGCAGAAAUGGCAGCUUGAUCCUCAAGGUGUCUGCCAAAAAGCCUCUGAUUCAGACCUUUGUCCUCCAUGGCAAAAACAAAAUCCAGGACACCAGGAUUCUGACUCAGAUCUGUCACUGCCACGGAAGAGACAGAAGCGCCCGAGCUCUGACUCUGACCUCUCUCCACCCCAGAGAAGACAGAGGACCAAAACUUCUGAUUCGGAUCUCUCUCCUCCUCGAAGGAGUCCCCGUCCCGGGAGGAAGACUGCACGCAUGUAUUCUGGAGUAAAAACUGGGCUGGUGCCCGAUGUCCAGCGGGAGCAGCAGGAACUCCAGAAACAGGACCGAGACACCACAGCCCUUGCAGCUCAGUUUGAAUUCGCUGAAACUGUAUUUCGAGACAAGUCUGGUCUGAAGACAAAUUUGAAGCUGGAACGCCUGGAGCAGAGGAGAAAAGCAGAGGACUCAGAACGAGAUGAGCUCUAUGCCCAGUGGGGCAAAGGGCUUGCUCAGAGCCGGCAACAGCAGCAGAAUGUAGAAGAUGCCAUGAAGGAGAUGCAGAAGCCUCUGGCCCGCUAUAUCGAUGAUGAAGAUCUGGAUCAGAUGCUGAGAGAACAAGAAAGAGAGGGGGACCCGAUGGCCAACUUCAUUAAGAAGAAUAAGGCUGAGGAGAACAAGCACAAGAAAGCCAGGCCUCGCUAUAAUGGUCCUGCCCCUCCUCCCAAUAGAUUCAGUAUCUGGCCUGGCUACCGCUGGGAUGGAGUGGACAGAUCCAAUGGCUUCGAACAGAAGCGCUUUGCCAGGCUCGCCAGCAAGAAGGCUGUGGAAGAGCUUGCCUACAAGUGGAGUGUGGAGGACAUGUAG